CGUCUCCGCCCGCCACCUCCACCACCGGCUUCCAGCCAUGACGCCGCCGCCGACGCAGCCGCCGCAGCGGCCACCGCCCUCCCGCGCCGGCCGCGCCAACCUCUUCUCCUCCCCACCCCCUCCCCUCCCCAACCGCUACGACCCCAACACCCGCUCCCUCCCCGUGCCGGGGACUCUCCCGUCUCACCGUCGCCUCCCCAGCAACCGCCGCCGCCACGAGCAGCCCCCGCACCGUGCACGGGAGGGCACGGCUUCCUCUCCGUCUCCGAGGACCGGAAAAUCCAACCCGGCCUUCCGCACGCCGCACCUCCGCACCGCCUACCGGAAGCCCGUGCCCCCCGUCGCGGCCUCGGGGGAAGGGGAGGCGCUCCUCGCUGCCGACCCGAGCGACGCCGCGGAGGGCCGCUCCGUGGUCGUGGGGCCGUCGGGGGUCUCCUUCCGUCUCCCCGGGGCGCCGUUCGACUUCCAGUUCAGCUACUCCGAGUCCCCCCGCGCCCCGCCGCUCGCCAUCCGGGAGCCGGCGUUCCUGCCCUUCGCGCCGCCGACCAUGCCGCGGCCGUGGACGGGGAAGGCGCCGCUGCUGACCAAGGAGGAGAAGGCUCGGAGGAGGGGGGUGCGGCUGCACACCCCGCUCGGGCAGGAGCCGCCCGAGACGGUGAGCGCGCACGGGAUCAUGAUGGAGGUGAGGGGGAGGAGGAAGCUGGACCUGGCCAGGGUCAGCCCCGGCGACGGCAGGAGCAGGGAGGAGGUGCUCGGGGAGCCGCUCACCCUCGCCGAGGUGCGCGACCUCGUCAGGCCCCACAUAUCGCACAACCGGCAGCUCAACAUUGGAAGGGAUGGAUUGACCCACAACAUGUUGGAAAUGAUACAUUGUCAUUGGAGACGCCAGGAAAUCUGCAAAGUGAGAUGCCGAGGAGUUCCUACUGUUGAUAUGAAGAAUCUAUGUUAUCACCUUGAGGAAAAAUCUGGUGGAAAGGUUAUUCACCGAGUAGGUGGUGUUGUUUUCUUAUACCGUGGAAGAAAUUAUGAUCCACGAACUCGCCCACGCUAUCCAUUAAUGCUUUGGAAGCCAGCUACUCCUGUCUAUCCUAAACUUAUACAGGAAGCUCCAGAAGGUCUUACAAAAGAAGAAGCAGAUGAAAUGAGAAGGAGAGGGCAGGAGCUGCUGCCGAUUUGCAAAUUAGCGAAAAAUGGUAUAUAUAUCUAUCUUGUCAAGGAUGUUAGGGAUGCUUUUGAGGGAAGUGAUCUGGUGAAGAUUGACUGCGAGGGCUUGAAUCCUAGUGACUACAAAAAGAUUGGAGCAAAACUAAGGGAUCUUGUUCCUUGUGUUCUUUUGUCAUUUGACAAUGAGCAGAUACUAAUGUUCAGAGGCAAGAAAUGGAAGUCCAGAUACCCAAAGCCUCUGACUCUUAUUCCAAAAAUUCAAAAGAACAAUCUGCCAACGUCAUCUGAUGAGAGUAGUUCAGAUGAAGCCACUGAUGCUGAUGAUUAUUUGGCAGCAAGAGAAGUAUUGAGACCUAAAAUGUUUAAACAAUGGACAAAUGCAAUUGAGUCAUCUGUGGCACUUUUGCUGAAUGAUGCUGAAGUGGAUGCUCUUACGCCUGAUUUGCUUCUUACAAGGGUAGAGGACUUCAGUGUUAUAUCUCAAGCUGUCGAACAUUCAUUUCCAGCUCUGCUUGUGUCAAAUGUUGAGACAAACCCAGAUGUCCUAAAUGUUGAAUUCACGGAAGAUGGGUCUGAAAUAGGAUCGGUUGAAUCCCUACAAGAUGAGUUUACAGAAUCGCCUGACAUCAGCGAGGACGAUCACUUCGAAUACGACAUGCUCGAGCGUUUGGAAUCGUCAGUCCCACUGGGAGCACUACCGAUCGACGAAGUGGUAAAUCAACAGAACGAAGACUGAA